UUUUCGCGCAAGGUAAAAUCCAACCCCCCCGGCCUCAAGACGGAUCCGUAUCCGGCAGCACUGCACAAAAUGUCCAUACCGACCCCGGCUGGACAGCUUGACGGGGCCCUGGCGGCCCCCAAGUACGGGACACUCAUACCAAACCGGGUGUUUGUCGGCGGUAUCAGUGGCGAUACGACGGAAGCUGAGCUGUGCCGUCUAUUUUCAUCUUACGGUAACGUCAAGUCAACGAAAAUCAUUGUGGACCGGGCAGGCGUCAGCAAAGGGUACGGUUUCGUCACGUUCGAGACAGAGCACGAGGCACAGAAACUGCAGAACGAUUGUGAUUGCAUUGUCCUGAGGGAUCGCAAGCUAAACAUUGCGCCGGCCAUCAAAAAGCAGACACUGUGCGCCACGAACGGUGCCGUGUAUUAUGCCGCAACCCCGCCAACGCCAGCGAUCAACAAUAUUCCGAUCGAGCAGUUUGCCACAGUCUACCCGCCAGGUGUGCCAACCAUGUAUCCUCCAACGUUGCCGUAUCAACCGUUCUACCAGUACUACAGUGUGCCAAUGAACGUUCCCACCAUCUGGCCUCAGAACUAUCAAGGAAUCUACCCUUGCUAAGCGGCACAGCUGCUGCAGUACGAUGUG